GUUUCUUGACAAUUACUCUCUUUUUCUUUUUCUUUCUCUUUCUCUUCAAUGGGCAAUACCAACACUGAUGAACACAACACAACGAGAUCAUCAAUUAUGGAAUGGAAACAAAUCCACCCACUUCACCAAAUAGCAGAAACACCAUCCCACAAGCUCCUCUUAAAACAAUGGCUCAAAGAAGAAGAACUCAUCAAUGGACGCAUAGCUUUAAAAGAGACCCAAAUAGAUUCAAUCCGCAAAGAGAUCACAAUGCUUUACAUCUUCUUCUUCCUCUUCCAUUCAACAACCCUCAUGCUCCUCUUCAACACAUCAACAACAUCUAGCCACGCUUGUCACAAGUCGUGGGUCCCAUCAAUCUGUUCUUUGCUGUUUUCAUUGGGCCUUAUAUGGGCUUUGAGGUACAAGAGUGAUGUGGAGGCCCAUAUGGAGAAGCUGCUUCAUAGGGAGAAAGAGGAUGGAGGAUUGCUGAGGAAAUGUGUGGAAGAAUUGAAGAAGAAAGGGUUGGAGUUUGAUUUGUUAAAGGAAGUUGAUGCUUUGAGGAGGGCUAAGAGUUUGAGGGUUGAAACUAAAGAGGUCAGGAAAUGGUCUUCAAGGGAUUUUGUUUCUUUGUUUAUCUUCUCAAUGGCCUGUUUGUCUCUUGCUCUCAUAAGGGUCAUCUUAUGUAGUUAGGGAUUUCAUAAUUGAAACAUGUUUUUCUUUUUUGUCAAUUAAUUUGGAUGCAGAAUGUACUGUUCUGCUUUUCUUUUCUUUCUAUUAAUGGUGUAAUUUGAGAAAUAUUAAUUGAAAUUCAUGAAAUAAAAUUAAAAUA